AUGAAAAAAAGACCGUGUACCAUAUAUUCUUAUUUUGCACCUACAACACAGAAAAAAAAAUCUGUAGAGGCCCCAGUUGAAAAUACACAACAAAACAUCGAGCCGCCACCAUCAACCUCGGGAGUCAAUAGUAGUUCAAAUGCUCUUGCAACUGUUGAUAAACCAGAAAUUUUUAAAUUUGACAUUGGGAAGGCAGUGGGGUGUUCCAGUAUUUCUGACUACGACAAAUUUAAUUACAUAAAUAAUACAUGGACAGCUGAAAGCAAUUACCCUUUUCCAUAUUCGGAACAUAAUAAAAACAACAAGGUAGUAAGACGGUAUUUACAUCAUCAUCAUAUAAAUAAAUAUGACUGGAUAUCUUAUUCUGAAGAGAAAAGGGGUAUUUUUUGUAAAUAUUGUGUAAUUUUUUCAAAAAAUCAACCAAAUUUACAGAUAAAAGACUCUUUGUUAAUUGGUAAGCCUGUUAUAAAAUUCGCAAAAUUACUUGGCAAAGAUGGGGUACUUGAAAUAUACAAUUCAAGCAAAUAUCAUGGUGAAGCUAUUUUGAAGGCUAAUAAUUUUUUAUUAACAUAUAGCGUUCCUUCAACAGAUGUCAGAAAUUUGCUGGAUACCGCCAGGUCGCAGCAGAUUGAUGAAAACAGAAAGAGGUUGAAGCCUAUUAUCCAAACCAUAAUUUUUCUUGGUCGACAAAAUAUUCCUCUACGGGGACAUAGAGAUGACGGGCCUCUUUUAGAACAUGAAGAUGGAAAUGAUGGAAACUUUAGACAGCUUCUCCGCUUUAGAAUUGAAGCUGGAGACAAAAUCUUGGAAAACCAUCUAAAAAAGACCACUGCCCGAGCUACAUAUAUUAGCAAAAGAUCACAGAAUGAGCUGAUAACAUGCUGCAAAGAGGAAAUAAUCUCUAUAAUUUUAAAAAAAGUCAAAAAGGCUAAGUCCUUCAGUAUUAUGUUCGAUGAAACAACAGAUAUUGCUCAUAUAUCUCAAAUGUCGCUUGUUUUAAGAUACGUGGUCGAUAAUGAAAUUAGAGAGGAUUUUGUAGGAUUUUUGGAUUGCCAUUCACAAAACUACGAUAAAAAUUGUUUGAAUUUAGAACCUGUUUGGGAUGAAAGAGAAUCGUCUAGCAAAGCAAGGGCACAUAUACUUUCCAUAUCGAAUUCAGAAUUUAUAGUUGCUUUACAUUGUCUAAGUGAUAUUUUGGCAUUAACUCUGCCUUUAAGUAAACUAUUGCAGAAGGAGGUUUUAGAUGUCAAUAGUGCACAAGAUGUUUUACUUUACACUCUACUCGUUUUAAAAGAUAAACGCCUGAAUGCCGAACACAACUUUGAUUAUUUAUUAAACGAUAUCAAUGUCUGCCUUAGGAAUUUAGAAAUUGAUUUAUCCAUCCCUAGAUUAACUACUUUAAUGAGAAAUCGACCUAAUCCUCAAACGAAAUCCCCAGAGGAGUACUACAGAGUCAGUGUGUACAUUCCUUUACUAGAUAGUACUAUAUUAGAUUUAGAGUCUCGCUUUCCAAAAGGUACUAUUGAAUUAUUUUACUUAAGCACAUGCAUUCCUUCGAAUCUAAUUCAAUCAGAAGAAGCAGUUAUUAAUAAUAUAGUUCAGGUGCUAAGUGAGAAAUAUGGUCAAUAUUUUCAAGAAAAUAAGGACUUGGUGAAAACAGCCUUCAGAAGUGAAAUGAUCAUUUGGAAGGCAAUGUGGAUAUCUAAUAAAGAUCCUCCAAAGAACGUAGUUGAAUUACCUACUCACAUGCGUUUCAAGAUUAAUAGCAGCCAAAAAUAUUAUAUGUACCUGAUCGAUUAA